CCCUGGUUGGUGGGUGGUGGGGAUACGAGGAUGCUUCAUGCACGUUACCGCCGCAGCUAACCGCUCGGUGUUCUGUGGCCGCUCGUAGGGGCCUGGUCUGGGGCGCCCAAUGAGUUUGUUGCAAUGCUGAUUAGCUUGUAAGUUCACUUCUUGAUUUAAGUGGCCCAGCGUCGUUAUGGAGGCCCUUAUUCCUGUCAUCAACAAGCUCCAAGAUGUGUUCAACACCAUCGGCGCCGACGCUCUUCAGCUACCUCAAAUCGUGGUCGUGGGUGCUCAGAGUUCGGGCAAGAGCUCAGUCUUGGAAAGCCUAGUGGGCCGGGACUUCCUGCCGCGUGGUUCGGGCAUCGUGACCCGCCGACCUUUGGUGCUUCAGUUGGUUUACGUCUCCAAGGACGACGUCCAGCACCGCUCUGCAGAUGAAGGCACGUUGCAACUCGAAGAGUGGGCCAAGUUCUUGCACACGAAGAACAAGAUCUACACGGACUUUGACGCUGUCAGGGAGGAGAUUGAAGCGGAGACCGACCGCAUGAGUGGGACCAACAAGGGCAUCUGUCCCGAGCCCAUCAGCCUGAAGAUUUACUCCAGUCGUGUGGUGAACCUUGCACUUGUGGAUCUACCGGGGCUGACCAAAGUGCCUGUGGGAGACCAACCCGAUGACAUUGAGCAGCAGGUUCGCACUCUCAUCCUGCACUACAUCAGUAACCCGAACUCGCUCAUCCUGGCUGUUACGGCUGCCAACACAGACUUCGCCACCUCUGAGGCACUCAAGCUGGCACGGGAGGUGGACCCAGAUGGUCGCCGGACUCUGGCAGUCAUUACCAAACUGGAUCUGAUGGAUGCGGGUACAGACGCUAUUGAUGUGCUGUGCGGACGGGUGAUUCCUGUUAAGUUAGGCAUCAUAGGCGUGGUGAACCGGUCGCAGCAAGACAUCAAGGACCGCAAGCCCAUUGCAGAUGCCUUGCGUGAUGAGGCGCUGUUCCUUCAGCGCAAGUACCCCGCCCUAGCAGCCCGCAAUGGCACUGAGUACUUGGCCAAGACGCUUAACCGCCUGCUGAUGCACCAUAUUCGUGACUGCCUUCCUGAGCUGAAGACUCGUGUGAAUGUCAUGAUCUCCCAGUUCCAAUCCUUGCUGAGCUCAUAUGGUGAAGCCGUCGAGGACCAGGGCCAAACACUUCUUCAGAUAAUCACCAAGUUUGCUUCAUCCUACUGCGCAACAAUUGAAGGCACUGCACGGAAUAUUGAGACAACGGAGCUGUGCGGUGGUGCACGCAUAUGCUAUAUUUUCCACGAAACCUUUGGCCGCACCUUGGAUUCCAUCCACCCCUUGGGGGGCCUCAGCACUCUCGACAUUCUCACUGCCAUUCGCAAUGCAACGGGUCCGCGGCCAGCCCUGUUUGUACCGGAGGUGUCCUUUGAGCUGCUGGUCAAAAGGCAGAUCCGGCGCCUGGAGGAGCCGAGCCUGCGCUGUGUGGAGCUGGUGCACGAGGAGAUGCAACGCAUCAUCCAGCACUGCGGCACCGAGGUGCAGCAGGAGAUGCUACGAUUCCCCAAGUUGCACGAGUGCAUCGUCGAGGUGGUCACCCAGCUACUGAGGCGCCGCUUACCGGCUGCCAACUCCAUGGUCGAGAACUUGGUUGCCAUCGAACUUGCCUACAUCAACACCAAGCACCCUGACUUCCAUGACGUGGCCAGUGCCCUGACCAAAGCAACGCGUGCCCAUGAGGCAGCCAUUGCUGCCCAAGAUGGGCUUCCAGAGAGUCGUCGUGGGGCAGCAGGUGAUGUUGCAGCCUCAGUGCCAGCUGUCACCAGCAGCACCACUCAUGUGGGGGAGCCCAGCAAUCCAGCUACCCCUGUCAAGAAACCGGUCAACCUACUGCCUGAGGAGCCAACUGCAGGGCCUCGGAAACUGUCACCUCGGGAGCAGCGGGACUGUGAAGUGAUUGAGCGGCUGAUUCGGUCGUACUUCCUGAUCGUGCGCAAGAACAUCCAGGACUCUGUGCCCAAAGCAAUCAUGCACUUCCUGGUCAACUUCGUCAAAGACAAUUUACAGAGUGAGCUGGUGACGCAUCUGUACAAACACGACUGCUUUAACCAACUGCUGGCCGAGUCGGAGCAUGUUGCAGUGCGACGGCGUGAGGCGGCCCAGAUGGUCAAGGCGUUACACAAAGCAAGCCAGAUAAUUGGGGAAAUAAGGGAGACCCACAUGUGGUGAGACUCCGUGCACCAUUUUGGAUGCCAUGUAGUAUUGUUCUUAAGUUGCACUUGAGAUAAAAAUCGUUCCAGCACCA